GCUGUGUUCAGAAAAUAGCGUCCGUCCCAGUAAAAGCGCGUCAUGUCCGACUCAGGACACAGUCAGCCCAAUGUGUUUAUCCCUGGCCGCAACCGAAGGCGACGCUGGAUGGACCAAGGACCGGCGGGAAACCUGAACCUGUCAGAGCCGGGACGAGAGAAAGACUCGGUUCUCCGGGACAGAGAUCAGGAAAGAUGGGAGGGGAAUGAUGAAGGCUGUGGCUACACAAUUCAGAAAACGCCUAUUAUCCUCGCCAAGCCAGCCUCCGACAGGGCAAAGGCAGCAACCCCUGCGGCACCGGCUCCUAUAGAAAAGCCCAUUGUCCUGAUGAAGGCCAGGGAAGAAGGAAAACCAACAGCCCCUGCAGAGGGCGCCGCCGUUCCCCCUGCUGCUGCAGUAGCCAAGGUAGAGAAAGAAGGACAGCGACCCACCCAACCAGUGUAUCAAAUACAGAACCGGGGCAUGGGAGCUGCAGCAAGUGCCGGUGGCAGUGUGGAUCCUGUUGUUGGUCAGGCCAAACUGCUGCCUCCUCAGAAGAUGAAACACAGCAUCAAACUGGUGGAUGAAUACAUGAACUGGUGUGACAGCGCUAUUGAGUUCCUCCUGGACCAGACGGAUGUGCUUGUAGUUGGGGUGCUAGGAUUACAAGGCACAGGAAAGUCCACCCUGAUGUCCCUGUUAUCAGCAAACUCUCCGGAUGAUGAUCAAAGGUCUUACGUGUUCCGGAUGCAGAGCCAGGAGGUGAGGGAAAGAGCUGGGAACCAGACUAGCGGCAUUGAUUUCUUCAUUAGCCAGGAGAGAAUCAUCUUCCUUGAUACCCAGCCUAUUCUCAGCCCAGCAAUACUGGAUCAUUUGAUCAAUAAUGACCGAAAACUGCCCCCAGAAUACAAUCUCCCCCACACCUACGUUGAGAUGCAGUCUCUACAAAUUGCUGCCUUUUUGUUCACAGUUUGUCAUGUUGUCAUCGUUGUACAGGAUUGGUUCACAGACUUCAAUUUAUACCGCUUUCUUCAGACAGCCGAAAUGCUGAAGCCAUCGACUCCCUCUCCCAGUCAUGAGUCAAGUGGCUCCUCUGGCUCAGAUGAAGGCAUUGAGUAUUAUCCACACAUAGUUUUUGUGCAGAAUAAAUCCAAGAGAGAGGAUUUCUGCCCCCGCACUUUGAAGCAGAUGCACACGGUUAUGGAUAAACUAAUGCUCCAUUCACACCUGAGAUACAAAGGCACCCUUUCCAUGCUGGACUGCAACAUCUUCCCAGGUCUGCCCUAUGACUUUGUCGAGUCAGAAGUGAACUUAUUCCUCAUCCCAACCAUGGAGAGUGACGCUGAUGAGACCAUAUCCAGGGCAGGCACCAGUGGAAUCCCCCUGUUCUCCCUCCUGCCGGCAUACAAGGGGCACCCCAGCUUCCAUUCCCUCGUCAGCAGACUGCGCAGCCAGAUCAUGUCCAUGUCACGCCCUCAACUCUCUCACACCAUCCUGACCGAAAAGAACUGGUUCCACUAUGCUGCCCGGAUUUGGGAUGGUGUAAAGAAGUCAUCAGCACUUUCAGAGUACAGCAGGUUACUGGGCUAAUGUCCCGCUUUUAAGAAUGGCUAAUAAAAUGGUCGGCUGCUGGUUGAGGGAAGACUGGCCAAGCUAAAAAGGGGCACAAUAUGAAGGCUCAUCGAUUUCCUUGGCAUUCAUGUUGUGCAAGGCGAUGGGACCAGGAACGAUCCUGAAGGAGAGAAUGUUUGAUAUGUCGCUGAUGAAACAAAUGGUUGUUCCUGUUUUGGAGAAGAGCUGUAUGAGUCUUUAAAGGGAUACUGUCGUGGAAAAA